GAGGGAAGCAUGGCCGACAAUAUGAUGGCAGAUGAUUUGUUUGAUGUGUUUGAAAGCGGUUCGUCCGCGACCAUCGCAUCUGUUGGGCUGAAGAGAAAGCAAAACGACAUUGAGACGUACGAUGAUGACGGAAACGAGCAAGAUGUUAUCACUAAAAUAAUCAAAGGGGACAAUGAAGAUGAGCAAACUGUAGUAGACACACGUGAAUUAGACGGCAAAGAAAAAGAAGACAUUGCACCAGAAGAACUCCUGCCACGCAUUCAAAUUCAUCGCGUGGAAGCCGUGGAAGCAUGCACGCACGAAGUCGCCAUUCCUCACGAGAUGGAAUACACGCCGCUACGAGCGCCGACGACGAAACCGCCGAAGGAAUACCCGUUCAUUCUCGACCCGUUUCAGAAGGAAGCCGUCCUGUGCUUGGAGAAUGAACAGUCGGUUCUCGUCUCGGCGCACACGUCUGCGGGAAAAACUGUCGUGGCGGAGUACGCCGUCGCGAUGUCCCUGCGUGACAAGCAGCGCGUCAUAUACACGACUCCAAUCAAGGCGCUCAGCAACCAGAAGUACCGCGAACUCUACGAGGAGUUCCAGGACGUCGGUCUCAUGACGGGCGACAUCACCAUCAACCCGACGGCGAGCUGUCUCGUCAUGACGACCGAGAUUCUGCGCAGCAUGCUCUACCGCGGCUCGGAGGUGAUGCGCGAGGUCGGCUGGGUCAUCUUCGACGAGAUCCACUACAUGCGCGACAAGGAGCGGGGCGUCGUCUGGGAGGAGACGAUCAUCCUGCUGCCGGACUCCGUGCACUUUGUCUUCCUGUCGGCGACGAUUCCCAACGCGCGGCAGUUCGCCGAGUGGAUCUGCCACCUGCACAACCAGCCGUGUCACGUCGUCUACACCGACUAUCGGCCGACGCCGUUGCAGCACUACGUGUUCCCGGCCGGGGGCGACGGCCUGCACCUCGUCGUCGACGAGAAGUCUGAGUUCCGCGAGGAGAACUUCAAUGCCGCGAUGGCCGUGCUGACAUCGGCGGGCGACGCGGCGAAGGGCGACAAGCCGGGCCGCAAGGGCGGCGCGCGCGGCGAGUCGAACUGCUUCAAGAUCGUCAAGAUGAUCAUGGAGCGCAACUUUCAGCCGGUGAUCGUCUUCAGCUUCAGCAAGAAGGAGUGCGAAGCGUACGCGAUACAGAUGGCGAAGAUCGACUUCAACACGGAGGAGGAGAAGACGCUCGUCGGGGAGGUGUUCAGCAACGCGAUGGACGCGCUAUCGGAGGAGGACCGCAAGCUGCCGCAGGUGGAGGCCGUGCUGCCGCUGCUGAAGAAGGGAAUCGGCAUACAUCACGGCGGCCUGCUGCCCAUACUCAAGGAGACGAUCGAGAUCCUGUUCGGCGAGGGCCUCAUCAAGGCGCUGUUCGCCACCGAGACGUUUGCGAUGGGACUGAACAUGCCGGCAAGGACCGUGUUGUUCACGAAUGCGCGCAAGUUCGACGGCAAGGACUUCCGCUGGAUCACGUCCGGCGAGUACAUCCAGAUGAGCGGACGCGCGGGUCGCCGCGGAAUUGACGAUCGCGGCAUCGUCAUCCUGAUGGUCGACGAGAAGAUGAGCCCGACCGUUGGCAAGGAGCUAGUGAAGGGCAGCGCGGACGCGCUCAACAGCGCCUUCCACCUGACCUACAACAUGGUGCUCAACCUGCUGCGAGUCGAGGAGAUCAACCCCGAGUACAUGCUCGAGCGCUCGUUCCACCAGUUCCAGAACUACGCCGCACUGCCGCGCCUGCACGAGUCGCUGCGGCGGCAGGAGGAGCAGCAGGCGGCGCUCGCGAUCCCGCGCGAGGCCGAGGUCGAGUCCUACUACAAGAUCCGGCAGCAGCUGGACAGCCUCGGCCGCGAGUUCCGCGCGUACCUGACACGGCCGCUCUACCUCGUGCCGUUCCUGCAGCCGGGCCGGCUCGUCCGCGUGAAGAGCGGCGACGACGACUUCGGAUGGAGCGUCGUCGUCGCCUUCCAGAAGAAGUCCGGGGGCAAGUCGGACGUCGUCGGCGCGUCCGAGAGCACGUACGUGAUCGACGCGCUGCUGCACGUCGCGUCGGAUGGCGCAGCGUCGCGCGACCCGCGCCGCAUCAAGCCGUACGCAGCGGGGGAACGCGGCGAGAUGGUCGUUGUGCCCGUGCUGAUGAGCGCAGUGCAGGCAGUCAGCUCCGUGCGACUGUACUGCCCGCGCGACCUGCGGCCGCCAGACAACCGUGGGAGCGUGCUGCGCGCGCUGCAGGAGGUGCAGCGGCGCUUCGCGCAGGGCCUCCCUCUUCUCGAUCCCGUCGACGACAUGGGCAUCAAGGAGAAGCCGUUUGUCGAUGUCGUGCGCAAGAUUGAGGCGUUCGAGAGGCGGCUUCACGCGCACGCGCUCGCCGGCGAUGAAGCCCUCGCGUCACUCUACGAACGCUACGACGAGAAGGCGCGGCUCGCAGCAGGCGUGCGCACGGCGCGCGCCGAGCUGAAGCGCGCGCGCUCGCUCGUGCAGAUGGACGAACUGAAAUGCCGCAAACGCGUGCUGCGCCGCAUGGGCUACUGCACGGCGUCGGACGUCAUCGAGCUGAAGGGCCGCGUCGCGUGCGAGAUCAGCAGUGGUGACGAGCUGCUGCUCACAGAGCUCAUGUUCAACGGCGUCUUCAACGAGCUGACGGCGCCGCAGUGCGUCGCGCUGCUGUCGACGUUCGUCUUCGACGAGAAGUCUGCGCAGAUGCCGAAGCUGACGGACGAGCUGUCGGGUCCGCUGCGGCUCAUGCAGGACCUUGCGCGCCGCAUCGCCAAGGUGAGUAACGAGGCGAAGCUGCCGGUGGAGGAGGACGAGUACGUCGAGAAGUUCAAGCCGACGAUGAUGGACGUGACGUACGCGUGGGCGCGCGGCGCCACCUUCGCGCAGAUCUGCAAGAUGACGGACGUGUUUGAGGGCAGCGUGAUCCGCUGCAUGCGCCGGCUCGAGGAGCUGCUGCGUGAGAUGAGCUGCGCGGCGAAGGCGAUCGGUAACACCGAUCUCGAAAACAAGUUUGCCGAGGGAAUCAAGAGCAUAAAGCGCGACAUCAUCUUCGCGGCGAGUCUGUAUCUGUGAGCAGCUUCCGUGCAGCAGAUUUGUAUAGCUAGGUCGUAUAAACGUCAGUCCUGUUAGUUGGCUGUGUUCACAUCUUUAGAUUAUGUAUUAAUUUUUUGUUUACAUUGCGAGGAGGAAUUCUAAUUAUGCUCGGAAGACUAAGAUGCGUUAAGCGUUGUCGUUCUUCACAACAGCUAUCAUAUUCGCAAUCUGGUUUUUCCCAGGAAAUAAUGUAACAAAGUACACAUUCUUUUAUAUAUACAUGUGUGACAGUGUAACUAAGCAUACUUGUACUUGUGUCAUGUUUUAAUUUCUCUACAACAAACAAAUGAUAAUAGACUUCAUAUUAUGUCUGGCUGUUAUUAUACAUAGAUGCUUGCUGUUAUGUUCAGAUUUCCUAUUUUGAGCAGUAAUUUGAAAUCCUUGACAAAAUUACUUAAGACAUAAUAGCACUUGUGAUAGGGCAAGGCAUAAUGGAAAUUUCUUGCAAUACAUACUAUUUGUGGGUCCAUGUAACAACUAGCUCAUUAGACCAUGUAGAUGAACUCUUGUUAACUCGUACUUACUAAUCUAAUACACUGAGCAACAAUUUCCUAACUAGUAUUCAUCAAUCAAGAGUAGUUAAUUCUAUUAACGUAGAGCAGAGGUUCUCGGAACCUGCUACUUAGCGAUUGUUUAAGUUUUUCAAACCAGAAUAUAACUUAAUAGGCAA